AUGACGACGUCGUUUGACGAGACGGAGUUAAGGCUAGGGUUGCCGGGCGGCGGCGGCGGUGCCGGAGGUGGAAACAAGACCAGUGAAGGCGGAGAUGCGGUGGUGCAUGUCAACGGAAAGAGAGGAUACGAUGAAACCAUCAUGGAUUUGAAGCUGAAAUUAUCAUCAGAUGAUCAAGAAAACAAGAAUGAUACAGAAAAAAAUCUGUUUGCCGGCGGUGACGGAGUUGAUGGUGGUUGCUCCGGCGACCCUCCCGCCAAGACCCAAGUGGUAGGUUGGCCACCGGUGAGAGCUUACCGGAAAAACAUGAUGUCAGUCCAAAAGAAAAGCUGUCUCCGCCGUCAUGAGGAUGCUAACGGUGGCGGUGGUGGCGGCGGUGGGGCGGCGUUUGUGAAGGUGAGCAUGGAUGGAGCUCCUUACCUUCGUAAAGUUGACCUGAAAAUGUACAAAAGUUAUCAAGAUCUCUCUGAUGCCUUAGGGAACAUGUUUAGUUCAUUCAUUAUUGGUAAUUGUGGAUCACAAGGGUUGAAGGAUUUCAUGAAUGAAAGCAAAGUGAUGGAUCUUUUGAACAAUUCUUAUGAGGACAAAGAUGGGGACUGGAUGCUCGUCGGUGAUGUUCCGUGGGAGAUGUUCGUUGAUUCAUGCAAGCGUUUACGUAUAACGAAAGGAAAGGAAGCUAUCGGGCUCGCACCAAUAGCAAUGGACAAAUGCAAGACCGAAGCUAAAAGCCGUGAAUGAACCCGACUUCAGCAUCACGCUCCUUCUAUCUUUGUGUGGCACACGGAUCAGGAAUACUCGAGAUGGAUUGAGCAGAUCGUUGAAUUUGUAUGUCUGUACGUAUUAUUUUUACGUAAAAUUUA